GCAUCGGAGCUGGGGCUCCCCCAGGAGGGCGAGUGGCCGCAGCCUGCCCAGCCCCAGCGGAGUCCCCACACCAGGGCGGGGGCCGAGGCAUCCUGCACCCUGGGCUCACUCGGGCUUCAGCCUCCUAGCAUGAAGGCAGACAGACUGAAGAUGCUGCAGCCUGGGGUCCCCUCAGCAACCUGCCCAGGCCUGGGCUGCUCACCUCUGAAGCCUAGUAUCUGGGAUGAACCUCCCUGUGGGCAGGUGGGGGACAGAGCCCUGAGGAACAGACACUCCCUCCCCAGGCUGGCCCAGGACGCUCCCCAGGCAGAAGGGGGUACCUGGCAGGCAGGGGCUGCCCCCAGGGACCCUGUGCUUCAGGGCACUGGAGGCCAAGGGCCUGCUCCCGAGGGGCCCCUGCACCCGAGCCCUCAGCCCGGCCUGGUUGCAGACCCCACCCUCCCAAGUGCUCAGAGCAGCAGUCCCCAAAAGAGACUUGGGGACAGCGAUGCCCACCCGCCCUUACUCAAAGACACCAAAGCCUCCCCUGAAGAGGCAGGGCAACCGGCUGCUGCCCACUCCUCGGGGCGCUCAGCGGCGACCCAAGUCCCCCCAGGGGCGCGGCCCUUCGCGUGUGCCGAGUGCGGGGAGGUCUUCACCUGGGUCACCCACUUCAUCGAGCACCAGAAGCGCCACCUGGAAGAGGGACCCUUCUCGUGCCCCGAGUGCGGCAAGGCCUUUCUGCACGCCUCCGUCCUGGAGGAGCAUCGGAAGAUCCACCUGCUGCAGCCGCUGCCCAAGAGGCCCCGGCGGGGCGGGGGCGAGGGGCCAGGGGAGGCCGGCCCGUUGCAAGCGGCGGAUGGAGGCCCCCGCGCCCAGGACGCGGAUGGAGACCGACGCGGGGAGCCCUGCGGCCGCGAGCGGCCCUUCGAGUGCGGCGUCUGCGGGAAGGCCUUCCCCUGGAUGGUCCACCUCCUCGACCACCAGAAACUGCACGCCACGCAGUGA